CACAGCGAGCAGUCAAGUCAGUGAGCGCGCUCGUGCAACCAUCAACAAGCUCCUAGCGCGAGAGACUCGACUCCGAGACUUACAAACAAUACAAUAACAACAUCAACAACAAACAACCAGCAACCAAGCAAUGCAGAAUUGAAAGGAGAAUUCAUUAAAAAAGAAAGACAAAAAAAGAAGAAGGUUGAUUUGAGUUAAGUUGAGUUGAGAGUUAGGGCAUCUUCUCUUCGACCAGGGGGACUUGGAUACAAAGAAUUACUCAAAGGAUUUUUUUUUGUGUGUGUGUGCUUUUUUUCUUUUCUUCUAUUUUUUGCUAUUACGUUUUUUUGACUGCAGACGAGCGCGAGAGCCUGGAGGAGACCGCGGGCGAGUUGGAGCCCGCGCGCAGUCGCCGACACGAGCCCCUUGAUUGAACUUGCUAUGACAGGUCAAUUAGCGGAGAAGCUCCCCCUUAACAUGAGCAGUUUAAUCAACGCCAUACCUGACAGCCUGUACCCCGAGGAGGACAUUCCCACUUCAUCUAUGAACAUCUUCACCAGCACGGACUCCGUCUCGCACUACUCGCAAAUGAACACAGAUAAUAUCAUGGACUUAGGAAUGGGAGGUGAGAAGAGCAACAAUGACCUCCCGUAUGCUUCCAGUAGUUUCCAGUCUAGUCGAAGUGGGCAAACAGUUACCUAUUUGGGAAAGUUUGCCUUCGACACCCCUCCUUCAGGAAGCAUUGGCGGCUCAGGUUGGUGCCCGGAUAACAACAUCAUCAGCCUGGUGAGUGCCGGCAUCCUUGGUGUGUCCCCGUCCCCUGGCAGCAUCACCACGCAGACGUCGUCAUCGGGCGGCAUGAGCGUCCAAUCGUCGGACAUUGACCAAGUGUACGCGCCCCCCCUUCCCGCCUACUCGGCCUGCAGUGACAUGUACCAGGAGCAGGUGGCGUUUCACCACAGCCCCGCAGCAUCAUCGUCACUGUCCUAUGCACCAUCCGAGUACCACAGUACUACCAAAGCCGUGGACGCCAGCCUGUUCUCCAUGAUCCCCGACUACAAUCUCUUCCAGCACCAAGGUGGCGCUGGUGAAGCGGGCGCUAUGGAACACAAGCCCUUCCAAAGCGUGGAGCCCCUCCGCGUAAACCCGCCACCCAUCACACCCCUCGAGACCAUUCGGGCAUUUAAGGACAAGCAGCAGUUGCAGCCGGGCUUCCUGGGCUCGCAGCAGCACCACGUUCCCCAGCACCACCACCACCACCAGGGCCAAACGCUCACCCUGAAACCCGUGCGCCCUCGCAAGUACCCGAACCGGCCUAGCAAGACGCCGGUGCACGAGCGCCCCCAUGCCUGCCCGGCCGAGCACUGCGACCGCCGUUUCUCGCGUUCUGACGAGCUCACGCGCCACCUGCGCAUCCACACAGGCCACAAGCCUUUCCAGUGCCGCAUCUGCAUGCGCUCCUUUAGCCGCAGUGACCACCUGACCACCCAUAUUCGUACACACACCGGCGAGAAGCCGUUUUCCUGCGACUUCUGCGGACGCAAGUUUGCCCGCAGCGACGAGCGCAAGCGGCAUGCCAAAGUGCACCUCAAGCACAAGGACAAAAAACCCACCGAGAAGGCGGGCAGCUCGAGCGCCACAGCGACCUCGGCAACUCGCUCGUCCCCACCCGGUUCCUGUGGGAGCGGCGGGGCCAGUGGGGCCAACGUCCUGACUGUUACCACAUGCGCAUAGGACCGAGACUGUCACUAGUGUUCGAGAAGAAUGGGGGACGAUGAAACUGAGCUUUUUCCUUUCUUCAGAAAGGCCUAGCUAUUGACUCUUACAAACUCUCCCUCCCUUCAUGCAUUAGUUUUUUGGUUACAAUGGUUUUUUUUGUUUUGUUUUGUUUCGUUUUUUUAUAUAAGGUGGUGUAAUCACGUUCACGUAUGCCCUUACCCAAGGGGUCGAGGGGGCACACUAGUGUUUCAUGGCAGGGAGAAUAGCAGAACGGGGUAGCAGCCGGUGGACAGUCAGGUCAUUCCAGGGAAAAAACAAAAAACAGGGCAAUUUUUCUUUUCUUUUCGGAAAAAGCAUUACAGGCUCAGGGAGUCCUCACUUCCGGCUCCAUGGACCCUUCACACUCCACUGAUAUUACCGUCUGGGUCCCAUUUCGAAAAAAUGUACUAGAGAAUACAAGCUAACCAACACUUGGCGUCGAUUAUUUUUUUACACCAUGUUUGUCGAUGGCUAAUCAAAAAUCUAUAUAUAUAUUUAAAAAAAAAUGCAAUUUAAUUUUAACUUUAUUAAUGUUUCGUUUGGGCUGCACUUGUCAUUUGUUUUUUGUUGUUUUUUUCUUUUAAAAAACACUGCCUGUACAUUAUUUAAUGAUUUUUUUUUUUACGGAAAUGUGCCAAAUCAGUCUCAAUCCUCCAGCCAAUUGAUUUUGUCUCGUCAUUCUCAUUGAGUGUCGCAGGGAUUGUUAUGGCGAAGUGACUGGACUGUGGAAGUUGCAGGGAAAGCCUCAAAUAUCAUCACCGUGAAAAGAAGAGUGUUUUUUUUUAGUCCACAUUAUUUGAAAUAUCUCAAAAUCCCAUCAGUACAAUUAAGAGGAUCUGGGAUGCCUGGUUGGUAAACAGUGACAGAUUGGCUGUACAAUAGCACGAAAAACCAAAACAACUAAAGCAAGCGUGCGUUUUGGCAUCCGAGCUCACUAAAUGCGGUUUACUUAUUAGCCUAAAAUGAAGAGAAAGUAUAAAAGUGUAAAGUACGUGACACGGAAAGGCCCGAAAGCCUUCCACGUGCUCUGUUUAAAGCUGAGAUUUGCAAUCGUCCUGCCAUUUCAUCGUUUUGAUAUGUUUUUAUUUUCCUCUGUAACAGUGACGGAUAUUUUUUAUUUCCUUUUCUGCACGUCGGUAGCGUGUCUGGACGAAGCACUGAAGCGAAAGGACAUUUCUGCGAGCAAUACGCGUGAGCCCGAAACCCUCGGGGUCACAGGGAGUCGAAAAAGAAAAAAAGAAAAAAAAACCGAUGUGAAAUGUGAAACGUUCGUGCUCAUGAUGAUAUUUCCGUUUCGUGUCGUCGUCGGUGCUGUAGCUGUUGUUUCAAUGAUGACUCAUCGAGUCGCCAUUGGUUUCUCUUUGCUACGUCUCGCGUUCUGUUUGUUCGGCACACGUUCGAACACACGCUCACAUACUCUCACACACACACACACACAGCCUAAACCAUUAAAAAAAAAAAAAAAGAACAGCCUUAACACACGGCUGAUCCGGGACACCGACAUCCUGACUGAAAUUCAGCCAUAUGCAUGCCAUCAGAGAUGCUUUUCGAUGAACGCCGUUCAGACGUUUCAUUAUUUUUUUUUGUUUAUUUUUUCGUUCAUUUCUGUAUGUUUUGUUCUAUUUUCUUUCUUCCUUUACAGCUCCCUUAAUGUUGUAUCCGUUGUUGUUGUUGUUGUUGUUUUUUCUUUCAUUUAUUUGUUCUUCCUCCUACAAGGAACUCCUGAGAGAUUCGGAUUAUCCGAGAGUCUUCUGUACAGUCGUCCAUCCAAACACACGGCUGCUCUGUGUUUUUCUACUACGAAUGUACAGGAAAAAGCAAUGCGCUUCAGUAUUACAGCGUGUGUCCAUGCGAAUAACACACAUACACACACACACACACACACACACGCAUGUACACACACACACACACACACACACACACAGACACACACACACGCACGCUCUCUCUCUCUAUCCUCCGCACUCCCAGAUCCCGCUGGAUGCAAAAGGGUGUGUUAAUGUACGUACAUUUCUGAAGACUGUGUACAUAAUGUAGAAUGUGUGUUUUUUUUUUUUUUAUGUAUGUGUGUGCGUUUAAAAAAGAAAAAAAAUACAAAAAAAAACGUUGUCCGACAGUGUCAAACCUGAUGCAUCCUACGUCCUGAAUUUAUUGUUUUUGUGCAUAAUAUACAAAGAUGGAGACACACUGAAUGAUGUGUUUAUUAAAGAAAUAAACCAUAAGGUUAUUUGGAACAAAAAGAA